AUGAAUGGCAGCGGGAAGAAUUUCUGCGUGGCGCUGUUCAUCUUGUUCAUGCUCUUCAUCGUGUACCACGUCACAACCACAUUCCAUCGACCCACUAUCCCCGCCACGCCAGCAGAACUGCUCAAUUCGGUAGAGGGCAACCCUGCCACGAUCGAUGAGGAUUACAGCGAUAUCGAUGUGCGAGACGACGAGGAAGAGGAACAGGAGGAGGAACUCUCGGACGAAGUCAC